AGGAGAAAGCGCGGUUUGGGGGAAGCUACUUCUCAUUAGAACAUCGGAGAUGGAGGGCUGAGGGUUGCGCUUUGAAUCAACGGACCUAUCCAAUCUCGGAGGGGUUGAAUUGUAUUGCGUUCAAGCGAAAUUGAGGUCCGUUGAUUCCGCGCAUUCCAUGGGUAGAAACGUGACGCCUCACAAACAAGCUCAGGCUGAAGCGGACUUCGGAGCCUAUGAUUUGCGACCCUUCGUGAUAUCCGUUCGUAUAAGGCGUAGGAUGUGUAUCGGUCGCCCACACAGCUUUUGAACUUAGUCUUUCCGCAGUGAUCCCCAGCAGUACCCCAUCAAGCACGAGAGCCAUGUCAACGUCCGUUGCUCAACAGCCCGAUUUGGGGUCGCAGGUGCUUGCCAAGACACAUUACGGCAGCCGUCUCAAGGACGCCUUGAUUCGGGAUCGUGAGGUCAAGGAACAGAAACUAGGCGCCCAGCGCAAGCUCGGGAGGUUCAAUGACGAAGAAGUCACCGUUUUUGAAGCAAACGUCAAGGAAGCUAGGCUGCUCUAUGAGCAGCAACUUGAGGAGCGGCGCCAUGCGGAGGAACGUCAGCGGGAAGCUGCUGCAGACAUCCUGGCAUCUGAAGCGCGGAAGAAGGAUUUGAUCGGUUUAGCAUCUCGCAUCCAAGCGUUCAAGAUCCAGGUGAUGAAUCAAAACCAAGCCCGCGAACGCGAAUUGGACUUCCGCGCGGCCACGAAGCAGAAGCGUGAGGCAUUCACUCAACGGGUGAAAGUCAUCGAGCAAGCGCAAGCUGCCGAGCGUCAGGAGCUUGUCGACGCGCAGGAGCGUAUCGCUAGGAACUUGAAGAUCAUUCAUGCUCUCGAGAUGCGGGAAAUGUCGGAGAAAGAUAUUGCCAAGAAGAAGACGGAGUAUCAGCUGGAAUAUGAGCAAUUGAAAAUGAGGCAGCAGAAGGAGGCUGAGCAGUUGAGGGAGCUGCAGUUACUCAAAGUCCGCCACAUGUCCGAGCAAAUGGAUCUGGAGCUACUCAGUUCGGCCGAGAUCGAAGAAAUGAUCGGGGAACACAAAGAUCGUGAAGACCUAUACCUGGCGAGAAAGUACAUCGAGAAAGCCGCCGAAUCCACCAAACUCGAUCGUCAGCAGGCCCAGCUCAAAGCGCUGCAACUCAAAGAAGAGCAGAAGCUCGUGCAAGGGCAGUUGCUCCAUUCGCAGGUCCGCCAGCGCAAGAUGCUCGAGCGGACUCAAAAAAGCUCGGCGAGGUUGCGUGAACGAGCGGCGUUGGACGAUGCCAUGUCGACGAUGGGGGAAGCCAUCAACGGGGUUAAACACCGUGCGAGCGAGUUUGACGGGAGUGAGAUGCAAUCCUCCGCCAUCGAGUCGUCGGACAUGGACCCUUCCGAAGCCUCAAGCAAUGUGGGCGAUGUUGAGGCCGCCACUGGGGGGGAAGGCUCAACUCAAGCGGAGGACAUGGAGAAGCGCCGCAAGCAGCGUACGGCCGGCGAUGCCGCCACGGAGCUCAAAGAAGCGUUUGCCAAGGGCAUGCAGCGUCUCCGAGCCCUUGACAUAGACCAAAAGAAAGGUCUUGAUCAGCUGCGCCAGCAACACAAAGACCAGGUCCACCAACGUAUCCGCGAGAGCAAGCGCAAACAGACUCAGUUGCUGAAAGACCAGGAAGAUGAAGUCAGGAGUAUCCGCACCGAGCAUGCACAGGACAUGCAGGAGCUGUGUGAGCUCAUCCUCCAGUCUCAGGAACUGCAACGUGCUCAACGCCAGGUGGACUUCCAAGGCAAGACCGACACCUCUAGCUCGAUUGUCGAGAACAUCAUGCCGGCCGAGUUCAUGCAGGCCAUUAGGGAGGGAUCGCGACCCGCCCCAGUGACCUACGAGAACGCGGUAGUGGUCCGCACCGCAAUCGCCGACUACAACUCGUUGAAGCCGGCACAAAGCGUCACGCUUUUGCAGCGCAUGUACGGAGCAUUCGAGGAAGUCCUGAAGGAGUUCCCGGGUGCCGUGAAGGUCGCGAGCGUUGGCGACAUGUACGAGAUCUGCGUCGGCCUUACGCAUAAGAACGCUGAUGAUAACGCACCAGAUGUCGCUGCCACCGCCCUCGACCUCGCCACCCGCUUAGCCUCUAGCUUUUCCGCUCUGUACGUGUCGGAUUUGAACAUCCCCGCCGGGAAGGUAUCGUUGAAGAUCGGAGUCGAUCGCGGUGUCGUGAAGGCCGGUCUAUUGGGCAGCAGAGUCCCGCAGUUUGUCGUGCAUGGUGUACCGGUCGAGCGCGCGAAACAGCUGUCGCAGGCGGCGGAACCGGGCCACAUCUUGCUUGCGAAGGAUUUGAAGGAUAGGAUGGACCAGCGCUACAAAUUUGAGAAGUUUGGAAAUGGAGAUCUCUUCCGCUUGGUGCCUCCAUCUCACUAGUGCUCUGUGUUUGAAUGUUUGAAUGAGGAGCAGCUGGCCCACCCCUCAUGGAACCAUGUAUUCGCUUCAUUACGCUUGUAGCGCUCUGUAUUUUGUUGCAUCAGAAUCACGAAAUUCUUAAAUGAUCGACCUUUCCUCUUGUUCUACCAUCCGUGGCAUAGAUCUUGUUGCUUCUGACACUCGGGACCUUGGUCUAUGUAGGAUACUUGUGAACAAGCUGUCCCCGCUGGAGGAGUUUCGGGACGCGUUGUGACAGCACACGGUUGUCACGUUUGACAGCGUAGGUGA